CCUGUGACCACUAAAAAGACUGUUACCACCAAAAAGCCUGUCACCACUAGGCGCACCACUAAAAAAACCGUUACCACUAAAAAGUCUGUCCCCACUAGGCGCACCACUAAAAAGACCGUUACCACUAAAAAGCCUGUCACCAGUGCACCACCCUGUGGUGGUGGUGGUGCUCCCACAACCCAAAAGCCUCCUACCACUAAAAAGCCUGUCACCAGUGCACCACCCUGUGGUGGUGGUGGUGCUCCCACAACCCAAAAGCCUCCUACCACUAAAAAGCCUGUCACCAGUGCACCACCCUGUGGUGGUGGUGGUGCUCCCACAACCCAAAAGCCUCCUACCACUAAAAAGCCUGUCACCAGUGCACCACCCUGUGGUGGUGGUGGUGCUCCCACAACCCAAAAUCCUCCUACUACUAAAAAGCCUGUCACCAGUGCACCACCCUGUGGUGGUGGUGGUGCUCCCACAACCCAAAAUCCUCCUACCACUAAAAAGCCUGUCACCAGUGCACCACCCUGUGGUGGUGGUGGUGCUCCCACAACCCAAAAGCCUCCUACCACUAAAAAGCCUGCCACCAGUGCACCACCCUGUGGUGGUGGUGGAGCACCCACAACCCGAAAUCCUGUUACCACUAAAAAGCCUGCGACCACUAAAAAGCCUGUCACCACUAGGCGCACCACUAAAAAGACCGUUACCACUAAAAAGCCUGUCACCACUGCACCACCCUGUGGUGGUGGUGGUGCUCCCACAACCCGCAAGUCUGUUACCACCAAAAAGCCCGUUACCACCAAAAAGCCUGUCACCACUAAAAAGCCUGUCACCACUAAAAAGCCUAUCACUACUAAAAAGCCUGCCACUACUGCACCACCCUGUGGUGGUGGUGGUGCACCCACAACCCGCAAGCCUGUCACCACUAAAAAGCCUGCCACGACUGUACCACCCUGUGGUGGUGGUGGUACACCCACAACCCGCAAGCCUGUUACAACUAAAAAGCCCGUUACCACCAAAAAGCCUGUCACCACUAAAAAGCCUGUCACCACUAAAAAGCCUAUCACUACUAAAAAGCCUGCCACGACUGCACCGCCCUGUGGUGGUGGUGGUGCACCCACAACCCGCAAGCCUGUUACAACUAAAAAGCCCGUUACCACCAAAAAGCCUGUCACCACUAAAAAGCCUGUCACCACUAAAAAGCCCGUUACCACUAGGCGCACCACUGCAAGGCCCACAACUGCAAGACCCACCACGAAGAAACCCACCACGGAUAAAACCACUAAGAGACCCACCCAGAAACCUACUACUCACAGACCCACUCAGAAACCUACUACUCAGAGACCCACACAGAAACCUACUACUCAGAGACCCACCCAGAAACCUACUACUCAGAGACCCACCCAGAAUCCUACUACUCAGAGACCCACCCAGAAACCCACCACGUCAAGGCCUACCACUCCAAAACCCACCACUAAGCCUGGCUGUGGUUGCAAGCCAUGUGGACCCGGUGGUGAAAUUUGCAAGGGAUGCCCAUCCCACGACAAUUUGUGCCAGGACUUGUUGAAGGACAUCAAGAAUCUUGAUCGCAAGAUCAGGGAAUGCGUCUGCGGAGAACCCCAAUGGAUGAUUUAAGGAUAGAAUACUGCAUUUGUCAUCGCUGAACCACCAAAACAAGACAGGUUCUCAAUUCUACUUUUCAAAUAGUGGCUUCAAUGUAACACUUUAACCUCUAUUUAAUUCCGAAACUGGAACG